AUGAAAAUAGGCCCCUCCCCCUCUUCCUCCCCGCUCUCCCCCUCUUCCUCCCCGCUCUCCCCCUCCUGCCUCUUCCUCCCUCUCUUCCUCCCCGCUCUCCCCCUCCUGCCUCUUCCUCCCCCUCUUCCUCCCCGCUCUCCCCCUCCUGCCUCUUCCUCCCUCUCUUCCUCCCCGCUCUCCCCCUCCUGCCUCUUCCUCCCCCUCUUCCUCCCCGCUCUCCCCCGCUCCUGCCUCUUCCUCCCUCUCUUCCUCCCCGCUCUCCCCCUCCUGCCUCUUCCUCCCUCUCUUCCUCCCCGCUCUCCCCCUCCUGCCUCUUCCUCCCUCUCUUCCUCCCCGCUCUCCCCCUCCUGCCUCUUCCUCCCUCUCUUCCUCCCCGCUCUCCCCCUCCUGCCUCUUCCUCCCUCUCUUCCUCCCCGCUCUCCCCCUCCUGCCUCUUCCUCCCUCUCUUCCUCCCCGCUCUCCCCCUCCUGCCUCUUCCUCCCUCUCUUCCUCCCCGCUCUCCCCCUCCUGCCUCUUCCUCCCUCUCUUCCUCCCCGCUCUCCCCCUCCUGCCUCUUCCUCCCCCUCUUCCUCCCUCUCUUCCUCCCCGCUCUCCCCCUCCUGCCUCUUCCUCCCCCUCUUCCUCCCCGCUCUCCCCCUCCUGCCUCUUCCUCCCCCUCUUCCUCCCCGCUCUCCCCCUCCUGCCUCUUCCUCCCUCUCUUCCUCCCCGCUCUCCCCCUCCUGCCUCUUCCUCCCUCUCUUCCUCCCCGCUCUCCCCCUCCUGCCUCUUCCUCCCUCUCUUCCUCCCCGCUCUCCCCCUCCUGCCUCUUCCUCCCUCUCUUCCUCCCCGCUCUCCCCCUCCUGCCUCUUCCUCCCCGCUCUCCCCCUCCUGCCUCUUCCUCCCCCUCUUCCUCCCCGCUCUCCCCCUCCUGCCUCUUCCUCCCCCUCUUCCUCCCCGCUCUCCCCCUCCUGCCUCUUCCUCCCCCUCUUCCUCCCUCUCUUCCUCCCCGCUCUCCCCCUCCUGCCUCUUCCUCCCUCUCUUCCUCCCCGCUCUCCCCCUCCUGCCUCUUCCUCCCUCUCUUCCUCCCCGCUCUCCCCCUCCUGCCUCUUCCUCCCUCUCUUCCUCCCCGCUCUCCCCCUCCUGCCUCUUCCUCCCCCUCUUCCUCCCCGCUCUCCCCCUCCUGCCUCUUCCUCCCCCUCUUCCUCCCCGCUCUCCCCCUCCUGCCUCUUCCUCCCUCUCUUCCUCCCCGCUCUCCCCCUCCUGCCUCUUCCUCCCCCUCUUCCUCCCUCUCUUCCUCCCCGCUCUCCCCCUCCUGCCUCUUCCUCCCUCUCUUCCUCCCCGCUCUCCCCCUCCUGCCUCUUCCUCCCCCUCUUCCUCCCCGCUCUCCCCCUCCUGCCUCUUCCUCCCCCUCUUCCUCCCCGCUCUCCCCCUCCUGCCUCUUCCUCCCCCUCUUCCUCCCCGCUCUCCCCCUCCUGCCUCUUCCUCCCCCUCUUCCUCCCCGCUCUCCCCCUCCUGCCUCUUCCUCCCCCACACACUCAGGAAUGUCUCAAAGCGACACAUGUGAACUCUUGUUUACAGCACACUCCAGCAUUCUCUUCCUCAUGGAACCACUUGCACAACAAACCCUAA